AUGGUCUACAUCAGACUCGCCUCCGCCCUGGCCGCGGCCUCGAUGGUCAUGAUGGCCGCUGCGGAAGAGAAGCCAACGCCAACAUGGGCGACCGUUACGGACCCUAUCACCACACCAACAAAGACCUUAGGAGCAAGUGCCAUGGUGAGCAUCGGUUGCUUCGAGACCGGAAUCCCACUCGAGAAUCACGGCUCUUUCAACUUCCAGUCGCCUGGUAACUGUCAACUCGUUUGCAUUGAGCAAAACAAGCCCGUUAUGGGUCUGUCGAACGGCGAGGAAUGCUGGUGUGGUGACGAGAUUCCCGCCAAAGAGUGGCAGAUCAAGAACGAGACAUGUGGCACCACGUGUAGCGGCGACAAGACAUGGACCUGUGGUGGAAAGGACAAAUUAUGGGUCGUUCUCACCGGAACAACUAGGAACCCAGUCGACUUUUACGAGCCCGAAGUAGAGAGCAGCAGCUCAGUAGCACCAAAGCCGUCGUCUGCUGCUCCGACAUCAACCGGUGCCGCCCAGGCUUCGGCCACUCCAUCUGCGGCGCCCGAAGAAGACAGCAAACCAAACACAAUCGCCAUCGCAGUGGGCGUAGUCGUCGGCAUACUAGCCCUUGCCUCGAUCAUGUUCGGUGUAUGGUUCUUGCUCCGCCGGAGACGUCAGCACCAAGCAGAAGAAGACUACCGUCGCAAUGCCGCGAACGUGAAUGCUUUCGUCAACGGCGGCAAGCUACACACCAGCAACUCGUCCAUGAACGACUCGCGUCUGGACCCGAGCUUCGUCGACCGGAGGCAGAGCAACGGCAGUAUUGCAGACAACGAGGACUACUCGAGGCGGAUAUUGAAGGUAUGCGAUCCACGAUGCCGCCUGACGAAACGCCACUCACUGACACUCCAUUAG